UAGCGUUGAAUAGAGAAUUGGAGACAUCCAUUGGGAAUAAACUAUGACAUCAAGCCAGUGAUGCUUACGUCAGAAAGUGACAAGUGUUUUUCGGUAAAAUAAACAAAAUACCUGCUUGAAUCACAAUAUAUCAAACAUACCUACUGUAGAACUUCUUUCGUGUGUAAAUGUGAUCGAGUGCAGAAGUAUCCCAGUUUUGAGAUACACCUACCCAACAUGAAAAUAUUAUUCGAAUUGAAACUGUGUUGUUUCAUCCUACUCAUUUCCCAGAUUUUUGAAUUGGCCGAUGCCAAUUUCUGGUUUAAGGAUUUAAGUAGAGAAGGUAAGAUCAUGAAAAACACUUAAACACUACUUAGUUUCAGCUAUUAAAAUCUCUUUUUAAUGUACUAUUUCCAAAUUUUUUUUAAUGAAGAGGGCAAGUAUCCUGCAAUAGUAUUCGCAGAAGACGAAGGAUAUAUAUUUUUGGUAUCAGAAAAGAUAAAAAACACCGAUGAAGAAUUGAUGUUCACUUGUCCUCCCACAGAAGAUGAAAUCGAGUCAUUUUUUACAACUUCAUCUGAAUCAUCACAAGAUGAAGAAAACUCGCUGACGGCCAAUACAGCUCCACUGGAGAAUAAAGAAGUGAACCCCAUCUCAUCAUUGCCCAAGGGUGAAAAACCACCAAAGACGCAAUCUACUUCUCAAUCACCACAGAUUGAAGAAAACUCGCCUACGGCCACUACAGCUUCACUAGAGAAUAAAGUAGUGAAACCCAUCUCAUCAUUGCCCAAGGAUGAAACCCCAUCAAAGACCCAAUCUCCAAAAAGUGAAGUAACUUUGCAAUCAUCUAGCAGUGAAAUUAAAUCAUCCAGUAUUUCAGAAAACCAGCCAUCAAAUUCUCUACCUUUGAAAAAUAAUUCAGCAAUACCCACUUAUCCACCAGUUGAAGCUGAAAAUAAGCUCGAAAUUUCUCUACCUAAAAAGGACAAAUCAUUCUCACAACCACUAAAGCAAGAAUCGAGCAAUACAUCACCUUCACUGAGUAAAUCGAAGUCGUCCAGUUCUACACAACCAAAGGGUGAAACUAAGUCACCCAAGUCUCCCACUUGGAGAGAUAGAUUAACGUUUUUGAAAUCAAAAAAGGAUAAUGCCAAGUUGCAAUCUUCCCCGUCUAAGAAAAAUGGAAUUUUACCCAAGAUUUCUCUAUUGUCGACGAAGAAAGAGCAGCCUCAAAGUGCUUCAUCAUCAGAAGAGGACGAUUCGUCGUCAAAAGAAGUAAUGAAAUUGCCGAAACCGAAUUAUCAUCGUGUCGUUUUGCCAUCAGAAGCGCGGCCAACUGAUGUGCAAUGUAGCGCAAAUGUAUAUUAUUGCGAGGAAGAUUACAAGCCUCAAACAACAUUCAUUAAAAAUUGUAGAAGGUUUGGAGAAAAUGACGCAGAAGAAAAUGGGGAGUUAUACUCAGUUGGGUACAAAGUUCAAAUUGCUCGAAAUCAAACAACAAAGGUUGAAAAAAAUCUGUUCGUAUAUGCAAAAUGCUACAGCUACGAUUUGCAAAAACCCUUGUUUGUAAUGUAUAAAAUAAUUUCAUUUCCAUCACGAGCUGAAGAACUUCAACCAAUGAAUAACGAUUUUGAUCCAAGAAACAUCGAACAAAAUAUAAUUGCACCUUACCAUUUUGACACACAAGGGCAAAUACUGAAGAGACUAGAUGGAAAAAUAAAGGAUAAGCUAAUACCUCGACGAUUAAUUCCUCCAUUCAGCAUAUCAACAGACUUUUCAAGAGGAGCUGUGUCUGAUGAUGGUGAAAUUUACAGUCCUCAAUGGAUGAGUAAAGCUCAAAUGUGGGAUGACCUUAGUCGGAUUGUUUUUAAAUAUGGAAAGAAGCAACAUUGGCUCAUUUAUACCGGAACAGUUGGAACUUGCAAUAGCGAAAUGUUCAACAACCCCAUAGUACUGGAACAAGAAACGGGUCCAAAUUUACACGUUCCGUUACACUGGUGGACAUUGAUAAUGAAAAUAAACAGCACCGAAGGUCGAGGAAUAAUAAUAGGCAUGCUCAAUGUCCCACAAACUACGCGCCAGCACCAGGUUCCAAAAAAUGUUGAAAAAUUAUGCAUCACAGAUAACACUUGCAGGGAAUAUGGUUGGGAAGAGAUAAUGACCGCUGCAAAUUCUCCUUUUCUUAUAUGUUGUCGUGUGAGAAGCGCUUUGACCCAGCAACUGAUGGGUGAAUCAAUUCACCUGAAUGUUCUUUCAUUGGAAAACGAAAAGAAGAAAAAGACUGAACUUAGGAUAGCAAAUGUGAGACCACAAGAUAAGGCAAUGCAACACCAAUGUGUGAAUGUAAGCUCGUUAUUAGAUGAUCUUAAUAGCUUCAUUAAAAACAACUCUAAGAAAGACAAGAAGGCUGGCGAAUUGACAACCUCGUCGCCUUCUGGAUUACCAACGGGUGCUUCGAGUCCCUCAUCGUCAUCAUCUUAUUCGUCACCUUCUGCAAGCCCCGAUCAUAAGGCUGAAGUUGCAUUACCAAACUUGAGUCAUUCUCAAGCUGUACAUGCUGAUGAUCGUCAACGUGAAGAACCUUUAUCGCCGGAUGAUUCAGAUUAUACUUCAGCUCUUUCGAAUAUAGAUGAUGAAACGAAUCAGUCAUUGGGCAUUGAUGAAUUGGCAUUAAAGUCUGAGAAAGACUAAAAUCUCUCGUGUGGAAAUUCAUGGGGAGUACAAAACAAUUAAUGCAAUAAAGUGAGGAUUGUAACAACCUUGUCGAAAAAUUGAUCAAUUUUUGAAUUGAAUUCUUUCCUUACAAUGUUUUCAAAUUUCAAUUACAUUUUGAUUUUCAUUGAUUGAUAAUUGUCAUAAUUCUUCGAUUAAAUCACCUUAUCUCAUCACUUAAUUUUGACUGUU